AUGAUGAGCUGCAUGAAGAGGGUGAGGGUGUGUGUGUGUGGGGGUGUGUGUGGAGGGUUUGGGCUGGGGCGGGCGGUUCCCGCCCCCCCCCCCCAUCCUCAGCCGUCUCUGCGUCAGAUGAUGCGCCGCGGCGCCCUCCCUAUAAAAGCACCUGUCCUGGCCAGACAUCACUCGCAUCUCACUUUCUCCUCCUCUCUCACACGCACACUCCACCCUCACACACCCUCUUCUGGACUCCACGCACUCUUCUUUCCCCUCUUUUUCUCUCUCUUUCUCUCUCCCAUCCCCGCCCGGGUUCAGGACACCAUGAGUUACUCCAGCGACAUCUACAGCAGCAGCAGCUCCUACCGGAAGAUCUUCGGGGACGCCCCGCGCUCCGGGCGCGUGGCUCUGGGCGGCAGCCCGUCCCGCCUGCACUCGGCGGGGUACCGCAGCGGCGGCCACCGCUCCACCUACGGCGCCCCCUCCAUGCUCUCCUCCUCCCCCUCCUCCGCCGCCUACCGCAGGACGGCGGCGUCCGGCCGCGUCUUCUCCUCCAUGCCGGACUCCGCCAUGGACCUGACGCAGUCCACGGCCGUGACCAACGAGCUCAAGAUCAUCCGCACCAACGAGAAGGAGCAGCUCCAGGGCCUCAACGACCGCUUCGUGUCGUUCAUCGAGAAGGUGCACAACCUGGAGCAGCAGAAUAAAGUCCUGGAGGCCGAGGUCACGCUGCUCCGCCAGCGCCACAACGAGCCCUCGCGCCUGCACGAGCUCUACGAGCAGGAGAUCCGCGAGCUGCGCGCCCGCGUGGAGGAGCUGACGCACGAGAAGAGCCAGAUGCACGUGGACUGCGUGCAGAUGAGCGAGGCGCUGGAGCGCGUGCGGGAGAAGCUGGAGGAGGAGAGCCGGAUGCGCGAGGAGGCCGAGGGCGCGCUGAAGGGCUACCGGAAGGAUGUGGACGACGCCACGCUGGCGCGCCUGGAGCUGGAGAAGAAAGUGGAGUCCCUGCUGGACGAGAUCGCCUUCCUCAGGAAAGUGCACGAGGAGGAGCUGCAGGAGCUGCAGACGUCGCUGCAGGCCACGCAGGUGUCGGUGGAGAUGGACAUGAGCAAACCGGACCUGGCCGCCGCCCUGAAGGACAUCCGGGCCCAGUACGAGAACCUGUCGGCCCGGAACCAGGGCCAGGCCGAGGAGUGGUACCGCUCCAAGUUCGCCUCGGUCAGCGAGGCCGCCGCCCGCAACCAGGACGCCAUCAAGCACUCCAAGGAGGAGCUGAGCGAGUACCGCCGGCAGGUGCAGGCCCGCACCCUGGAGAUCGAGUCCCUCCGGGGCCACAACGAGGCCCUGGAGAGGCAGAUCGCCGAGAUGGACGAUCGCCACAACAACGAGGUCGGCGAGAUGCAGGACACCAUCCAGCAGCUGGAGGGUGCCCUGCGCAGCACCAAGGGGGAGAUGUCCCGUCACCUGCGGGAAUACCAAGACCUGCUGAACGUCAAGAUGGCGCUGGACAUCGAGAUCGCCGCUUACAGGAAGCUUCUGGAAGGCGAGGAGUGCCGUCUCAGCUCUGUGGGCGGAGCCAUGGUCCAGUCUGGCUACCCGGGCUUCUCCUACAUGUCAGCCCGCACCUACACCCUGGGCUCAUACAGGAAGUCCAAGCCUGAGGAGGAGGAAGAGGAGGCAGAGGAGGACGAGAAGGAGGAAGAAGAAGAGGAGGGCGAAGAGGAGGAGGGAGAGGAGGGAGACGACCAGGAGGAGGGCGAGGGAGAGGAGGAGGAGGAGGAGGAAGAGGAGGAGGAAGAGGAGGAGAAGCCAAAGGAGAAGGAGGAGAAGGAGAAGAAGGAGGACAAGAAGGAAGACAAGAAGGAGAAGGAGAGCCCUGCCGGGAAGACCAGCAAGAGCUAA